UCCUGUUUUCUACUUUCCUUGUGUAAAUUUGUCUGUGUUCGGAGGUUGGUGAAGAUAAUAUUUUCAUGUUGAAAGCGUGUGAAAAUAAGAUGUUACGACGAGUGAUUAAUUUGAAAUACCGUUAUCGUGGCAUCUUGGAUUUAGAUAAGUUUAUGUGGCAUUAGGUAUUGAUAAAUAAGUUUGUGUUUAUAUCUAUAUUUAAAAAGUGAUUUUCGUACUCUUAUUUUCUUCCCGACACUCCUCCCUAGAAUCAAUGGACAAAGAGAAGGAGAGGAGUGCAGACGAGAAACUUGGGAGUGGGGAAAACUACCAUUUAGCAUCUUCUCAGUUGCUACUGAUUAAUUCGUUGUAUAAUUAGAUGAGUUCUUAUGGAUUAGAGAUGCGAAAUAUGGCCACCUUAGCAACUGCUGAAAUUUGUGAUACGAAUACAACUCUUGUGGGAAGCGGAGGUUUGCGUGUGCUGCCACCAAUUUUCCAGGUAUACGGACAAUCCCGAGCAUUCUCAGGCCCCAUUACGACACUCAAGGUGUUCGAGGACAAUGUCUUGGUCAGACAGCUUCUCGAAACCAAAGGCGAGGGAAGAGUUUUGGUCAUUGACGGAGGAGGAAGCAUGAGAUGUGCUUUGGUUGGAGGGAACUUGGGACAGUUGGCCCAAAACAUGGGAUGGGCAGGUAUUGUGGUGAAUGGCUGCAUUAGAGAUGUAGAUGAGAUCAAUGAGUGUGAUAUUGGGGUGAGGGCUUUGGCAUCUCAUCCGAUGAAAUCGAACAAAAAGGGCGUCGGAGAAAAGCAUGUUCCGAUCAACAUAGCCGGAACCUUGAUUCGUGAAGGUGAAUGGUUGUAUGCAGAUAACGAUGGCGUCCUUAUUUCAACAUCUGAAUUGUCUGUUUGAAUCAGCAUUGUUGCUUCACAUUUUAAGCUUGUCCUACCAAUGAGAGGAUUGAGUUCCCAAAUUCAGUUCUACUUGGAAUUUGUUGUUUCACUACUAGUUACUCUAUCAAAGUUCAAGUUACCCUUGCCA